ACUCCUCCUCUUUCCCUCUCGUGUCUCCUAUCAGUUCAUUCUCGUUUUCUGGAUGUUUCUUCACUUUUUAACAGCAGCAGAUCUGAUCUUUGACAGAGGUGACAGAUCUUUGCGGAUUGUUUCAUAGCCUACAGUUUUACAGUUUCGUUUUAGUAACCUACUCAGAAAGUUCUCUUCAGCUUGAGGGCAUCCAUCCUUUUUAUCAACACGGAUGUCCAGCUUCAAGGAGAGGAUAUGUAUCAGGGCAUAAUGACAACCAACCACGGGACCCCCUCCUAUGAGGCCGGAUUCCUCCACAACGCCUCCACGGGCACCUCUCCGGUGUACGUGCCCACCACCCGGGUCGUCACCCCCAUGAUCCCGGCGCUGCCGUACCUCCAGACCCCCGGGGCCUCUCAGCAGAGCAGCCCGGUGUCAAGCCACUCUGCCUGGGCGCAGCCGGGCGCAGACUCAGUGUCCUCGUACAACCACUCCUCUCCGGUGUCCCCUCGCUUCAGCUUCUCCACCAGCCCGCCUCUGUCCUCCGGGAUGGCCUCGGCCCGGGAGACAGCAGCGGCUUCAUACGCUAGUCCGCUAAACAUCUCCGCCAACGGGAGGGAGCACUACGGUGCCCGGAGUCUCAGCGGGUCCUAUCACAGCCCCUAUCCGGCUUAUAUGAGCCCCAACGUGGGGGGAACGUGGGCGGCAUCCCCGUUUGAAAGCCCGGUGCUCCACGGGUUGCAGACUGGGGGUCCACCUGGCACAACACGGCACCCAAACAUUGGUAAGACACUAUUAUAUAUAUAUAUAUAUUUUAAGUGACUGCAUUUUCCCCUCUCUCUCUUGAGAAAGUGUUGUCUUUUAUAUAAAUUGAAAUUAUUGUUUUGAAACCACUGUUUUCAGGGAGAGGACAGGAACUAAAAGAAUGAAGUUUAGGCCCAAGAAAACAGAGCUGCAUGUUUUUAUUUAAUUUUCCUGUUUGCCUUAAUCAGUUAUUUAAUUCCACACAUUUUAAUAGCCUGUUAUUUUUUUUGCUGACCUUUACAAAUUCUAUUGAAACCUUAAAAUCAAACCUAUGCUGAUUCAUAACGUGGUCUUCACGUAUAGCAGGAAUUAUCUAACAAAUACAGAUUACUUGUGUAAAUAAAGAUUAAAUUUUAAAAAGGCCAAUCAAGAUAAGGCUGUGCUUUAAUUAUCCUGCACGCCGAACAAGCAAUAGAUUACACGAGAAAAACUGAUUUGGACGCACAAAAACACAAUCCAUUUUAAAGUUGAGCCGACUAUUUGAUUAUUUGAUUUUACAAAAUAAGAGGGAAAAUAUCGCAGAAAUCGGUUUGAUUAAGUGAUCGGCCUCAUCGGCGACUUAACUACAUUCCUCUUUUUUAUUUGAAGAUAAAUCCUUGUCUGUCUGGUCACAAUAUUUAAUAAAUCAAUAUCCAUCUAAUUUUAAGUGAGUUUGUUUCAUUUUCGCUACUUAAACUCAUUUUAAUUCAAACAGCGCCCAAACAGCCUCAACUCAACUGGCAGACAGUCAAAGGCUGCCACAAUUAGUGAGGAAGGGUCUUGAUAUUUACUUUGGCCUAUGGAGUCCUGAAUAACAGUUUUAAUACCCGAUCGUCACCCCUAAUAAUUUGACGUUUAUUUCGAUCUGAAAGAGAAUUUCUACUCGACAGUGUCGCUAUUAGGACUGCCUAAACUGACAGACAUUUUCCUUCACAAAAAUCAACGUUGUUUCAAAUGACUUUUAUUCCCUAAAUUCAUUCUGAGUAAGAAUAUCGUCUGGUCUUUUUGCUGGACUGGGUUUCGUCAAUACGCUUUAUUCGUUUAAUGACGGUAAACUAUACAGAACUGGAAAAAACUUCCAGACAUCCAGUUCCACAAUAAGGCUGCAAACAAAGAUAUCAAAGUGAUCGCCAUUUUGACACAAUUUAGCCAAAAAGAGACGUGGAAGGCUAUCAUAGGGUUUUUUUUUCCGCAUAGGGUUUUUUUUAACAGUAUUUAACGAGAUUUUAAAACAAGUAUCCAUAACUCAACAAAAUUUGUAUGAAUGGAUUUAUGAUUUUAUAGUUCUCAUCUAAAAAUUAAAUAACAAAUACUAAAUCUAAUCAGGACAUUUCUAUGAAUUGAGACAGAAAGAUUAUUGUUGUGCUAUAAAUUAAUAUUUAACCUAUAUAGGUUGAGGGUAUUAUUCCUAAGCUGUGUAUUUGACUGUGGCCUUGUAGCCUGUGGGUUUUAUUUGAUGUGAAGUGUGUGUGUGAGGAAAAAAGAUCCUGAACUGAUCCUCACCUGGACUGUAAAGGACCUUUAAGGACAUAAAAAGUCCUCUGUCAUUCAGAUGAAGAAGAGGUCACCUCAGUAUAUGUUUCAGCUUUCUGUGCUGGAGGUGAAUUUAUCCGAGUGCUGGAUGAACUCUGGACUGAAUCACUACUCUAUGAUUCUGCUUACGUUGACAUUUUUCAGCCUGUGUUUCUUCUAAGUUGGACAUUAACUGAAAACAAUCAUUCAUGUUUAAUUUCUUGUUCUUGAUUAAGUCAUUUACAACCUAAUUUGAAGGCCUGGGUCAUAAUUAUCAAAUCACCUAUUAUUAUUAUUAACCAAAAGAGCAGCUGAUUUCAGAAGAUCACUUCUUUCAAUAAACACCUGUGUGCCAGAAAAACAACCAAACAUGUGGCAGUUUUCUCAUUUGAAUACCUGAAAUGAUUAAAUGAGCAAAUCCUUAUAAAGUGUUAGUUAAAGAGAGGAAUGAUUGGUUGUGAUCAGAGUGUUCGAGAUAAAAGUAUUGAUCCAUGCUGACCUCCUCAUCUGAUCACAGUUACACUCAGCUCACAGAGCAGUCUGUUUGAUCACUGCGUAUCUUUCUUUAUGUUUCACUGUUUUGGGUUAAGAUUAAAUCAAAUGGCAGACCGUGAUUGGUCACUUGGAUGGUGUAGAAGAAAAACUUCACUGUUACAGUUGAAUAUUUUUGAUACUUAUUGUUUAACACCUAGCUCUAAUGAAAACAUCAAUUUUUUGAACGUAUGUUUUGAGACAGCUGAUAUAAAUCUCAAAUUCAGUUUUAAUCACUUUUUGAAGAAAUCUACCAUAACUGCCCAUAUAUAAAUAUUCAUUGCUUAUGAGGGUUUUUUUAAAAGAUAUUUCACGAUUUUGAUUUGUUUGUUUGUUUGAUCAAAUCUACUUAUUCAAAUAAAAAAGCUAAACAUUUUUAAUAUUUGAUUUAUUUUUUGGUUAGAUAUCCACGGAAGCCCGUGUCAAAAUACAUAAAAGUAUGUUCUUUUUUUCUGAGCUUCUCCGGAUAAAAUGAGCUGCAUUUCCAGAGUUAAAACACAAAAACAAACACAGAGAUAGGCCUACAGGCUCAGCUUUUACCUCUUUAGAGCAGGCUAUGGCAGCAUGGUCAACUGUGAGCCGGCCUAUUAUGGUGACCAGAAUUUAUGUGUCGAUUCUAGAUCACUACGCAUCAGGAGAAAACAAGCUUUGUUAUCUUGAGAUGAUGAGAUGAAUUGAUAUACUAGAAUAAAAAAAACAGCUUGGUUACACUGACAUUCAAAUCAAAUUAAGUCAAGUCAAAGAAAUGUUUCUAUCAAGUAUCAGAAACUGCGUAAGACAGACUUGCAACAAAAGAGGCAUGCUCAUAAACACAUCAUUUCAGUGCCAUAUUAUGAGAUCUUAACAGUGAAGAUAGUAAAGCAGGAUCUUGAGAAGAUUAAAUUAAUUAAAUUGAUCCUUGACUGCAGAAGUUUAAGUAAAUAAAAUAUACAGCUGAGUGUAGAUAUGAAUGGUUAUAGGUAUGAUCACUCUGCUGAGCCUUCAAUUUGCCCAGCAUGGCCGCUUACAGCAUUACAACAUUUCUCAAACAUGCACUGACAUUCUGGCCAGUAUCAUAAUGAUUCUAUAAUUGCAUAAUGUUUUUUGCAGUUUUUAUAGGGUAUAAGAUAUGAAAAAAACUUUAGGGACUAAAUAGCAUGCACAAAAUAUAACAUGAUCUCAAACAAGAACAGGCAGCAAAAGUUUCAGAUAAAAACCUUAUACUGCUGUACUUCAAAUGUAAUUUGCUGCUGUGCUCAAAAGAUGAACUUACAACUUAAGUAGAAAAACUAUUUAUAUACAACUAAUUGUAUGGUGGUUACUUUAAAUAAAAACCCUCUUUGCCUCUCCUGCUGGGCAUGAGGUCUCUAACUCAAAGAAUCCAAAGAAAGCCAACUUGCAGGCUAUCUGGAAAGAAACAAGACAGAUAUAAAAAAGAACAAACUGAGAAUCUGUUAAAAAAUGGUCAGAUAUACCCUGAAGUUUGUUUUCUAAAUAAAAAUGCUACUUAUUGCCUGGCAGCAUUAAAUCCACGGUCAGAAAACUUGUUUUUUCUUGUCCCAUGAAAGCAUAGUAACCUGUAACAUGUUCUCUUGCCAAACUUACUCCAAUCAGGUGAGCAGUCGUGACAGCAGGGCCAACAACAAAAAAAUGUAUUUCUUUGAUUGGAUUGUUACUGACACUAAGAGAGCAGAAUUUUACUCAUCAUAAUUGUUUGCAUAGCCUCAUUAUAAAACAAAAGUAGUGGCGUAAAGCGUAAAGCAAAAUAUGGGGAAUACAAGUAGCCAUAUUUUUGAAUGAUUCAUAAAUCGACUUUAUUUUUAACGCUAAUAUAGAAAUAUAUCAGAACUGGGCCUGAUAUGCUGGUUUCCAUUACCUCAUAUAAUGGCUAUAAGCUUUUCUGGUCUAGUUUUGAUAUAGUGAUCAUUUGCUUGUAGUUGUUACCUGAAAUGUAAGUAUUUCAGACAAGAAUGUUUUUGUGUUAUGAAGUCUCUCUACUUUUUUUCUUAGCAGAGCAAGUGAAAUUUUGCUCCUUUUUAAAAUGACCUGUUAGCUGUGCAUGUGUAACUCUUCACAUAUAUCACAGUCUGAUGAGUCUGUUUCACCUUUGACCCCUUAAAUCGUCACUGUGUGUGUUUGUAACUGCACCCUGAUAACAACUCGGGCUGACAUCAAUGUGACGGAAAAACAACCCUCCACUAGAUAGACAUACACUGCAGUCACACUUUUUGUGUAUUGUCUUGUGUUGCUUUGUUGUGUUGGCUACAACUGCUGCCUAGCUCAAGGUUAGCGUGCCCUGCAGAGCUCUAUUUGGCUCUCGGCCUUGGAGGAGGCCUGAACAGAGAGGAGCAGAUGGAGGACAGAUUUAUGCCAUCCCAGUAUUAUUACUAAUAGUGGAGUGUUGUGAAAAAAAAACCAAGAUGAUCAAAUUCUGAAGCAAAAUUUGUUUUGUUGUCCACUUCUCAAAGCAUUCCCAAUCAUGGACCCACAUUGCUGAUACAAGUCAUGACAAAUACUAAAUCUAAUCACAGUUUUUUUUUUUGUUUUUGUUUCAGUGGAGUCAGAGGAAAGCUGAAAUGUCACUUCCACACCAUAAAUUAUUCCCCGUCCCUCACAUAACUAAUUGGUUCUUUGUAAAAACGAUUAUAUUAAUCAUUUGUCGUGUUAUCUCAGUUAGAGGGAGUGAAGAAAUGUGACCGACACAGAGUCUCUAUUAGAAAAUGAUGGAGAUCCAUUCUGUCUCUAUUUCCAGCUGACUCUUUAUCUCAAGCUGAGCUGUGAUAAGGAGGGAUUCCAGGCAGCCGUUGUGUGGGCUGGUUGGACUGUAGACAGCACCACCUGCUGGUGGAGAAAUUACACUGCAUUGGAUGAUUGCUUGUCAGGCUUUAACAGUGUCAUGCAGUGUUUCAAAGUGACAUAUUAAUUUAAACAAUACAUUAAAGAGUACUUUAAAGGUACCCCCAGAAAAGUCACCGUCAUUCAAAUUAAAAUAAGAUGCACAUGACCGCAUCCCUUACAUUAGUAUUAGUUUUUAGUCUUGCUUUUAACUAAAUUUUAUAUCAUUAACUUUACUAAAGUGUUUUAGCAUUUGUCCCUUUCUAGUUUUAAUGACAGGAUCAUCUUUUAUUGAGCUAUUUUGGUGCUCUUAUUUUGGUAUCUUUUAUUGUUGUUUUCAUUUCAUUUUAUUAUUUCUUAAAUUUCAUCUUAUGUUACUUUGUUUUUAGAUUUUAACCCAACCUCAAGUGUUUCCUUAUCUCGAAUUUUAAAAUGGCGUUUGCUCAGUGCGCACAUUCCUGUUUCUAUGAAAUCGAGUCCUUUUCAAGUUCAUGCAUUUUAGUACAUGUUUCUGUUGUGCUUAGAUCACGGGGUGGGAAUCCGGGAUUGGGUUAAGGUAGAUCCGGGUAUUCUUUGUGUCUUUUAUUCCUCUGCUGCGUAAAGCACUUUGUGCUACAUCAUUUUGUAUGAAAAGUGCUAAACAAAUAAAGACUGAUUGAUUGAUGGUACAUAAACAUAAAGUGUGUUGAGAUUGAUCAUACUCAUAAAGUUAAACACUCUUUGUGCUAUAUGAGAGGGGGGAAUAAUUUAAAGUAGAUAGCACUCUGUAUUAGCAUCAGGCAUUGUGCAUGAUUUGCCUCCACUAUUUGUCCUGUCUUAAGGUCCAGUUCAUAUAACAUGCUGCUCUAAUUCUAUUUAAGCAAAAACACACCAUCAUUCUUUGCAGUUCUGUGCAGUUUGCUCUAGUUUUGCUCCUCGUUGCUGUCAGACAUCUUUUUUUGCUGUGCACUCUCAUCCCAACAAAACUCAUUUUUGGCCUAAUAUCUAUGAUUUACUGUAUGGGGAGGGGAACUUUCUUAACAGUGUAUCGUGGCGUCAAUUCAUGACAGAUGUGAUGCUAAUUUCCCCAUUAAUAACAUGGUUACGGCCCUGCGGGGCAAGUCGGCAAGAGCACCUCCUGCAUCAUAACACCAGACUGUCAGGGGUGUGUUGAGCCCUGAACUGAUCAGAGUUGGAGAUAUGUAGUCUUCAAAUCAGCUAGAUUUGAAGACUACAUAUCUCUGAGUAGGGCUGGGCAAUACGGGAAAAAGUUUAUCACUAUACAUGUUUUUCAUAUCAGUGGAUAUUGAUAUGUUUCAUGAUAUUUAAAACAAUUCAUUUGUCAAUCUGAAAUGCUCCCUGUUACUCUUAAAUGAAAUUUAACAUGUACUUGACAUAAUUUACAGUGCACAUUACUCCGACCUCAGAAAAACAAAAUACCUCCAAACCAUCCAGGUUGAGCCUUUAUCUGCAUUUCUCCUGGGGGUAGCACUCAUUUUCUUUUUUUUUCCACCGACAGUGCUGUCAGCUUAACGUGUUAAAGUGCUGUGGUUGUGUGUAGCUGCAGUCUGCUACAACGCUGUUUUUUGCUACUUGGUUCUAAUUCAGCACAUGAUUGAUUCAGCGCGGAGCGGCCCGCAGCAACUCCCCUUUUCACUGGCUAUUGGUAUAGUCUAACAAAACAUGGCAGAAUGCCGACAAGAUCGAAAAGCAUAUUGACCAUGUUUCAUAUCGAUAUCGAGGGAAAUUAAUUUUUUAUAUAUAUCUUUAUCGUUUUAUCGUCCAGCCCUAUCUCUGAGGAUAUCCUGUCACUACUGUGUCACACUGACCACCAAACUCUCAGCAGCCAGUAAAAUACAAUUUCAACAAAGUGUGACUUGUAGUAUGUGUGUUUGUGAAUUGAACUAUUUUCAAAGAAUUUCAUUUGCACAUGAAAAAGGGACAGUUUUGCCACAAUUUACUGCGCUUUGUCAUAUUUUAUGAAAUACAUGCGGCACGAGUUCACAGACAGUCUAAGCUGCAGCUCUAUUAGGUGGUGUCUUUUUGUUUCACGUGCACUUUUAGUGAAUAUCUAUUGCUUAAAGCUUUUGUGAAAAACUUUAAGUUUGCGUGUGUUUGUGCCCCCUGUGGACAUCAGUAUCUUUUCUGGAUUUAUCCUCAAAAUGCUUAAAUGGUUUCCUCUGGCAAAAAAAAAAAAAAAUUCUACAGUCUUUUCACAGUUAAAUGUAUGAUUUAAAGUGAAUAUUGUGUGUGAGAAAUGUAAAAACAGGGCUCUUUCUUUAGGUGCUUGGUUGAUGCCUACCCCCUUGCACCCAUUUUAGGCAUUUAAAAAGUGUUUCCACAGUUUUUCCUCAUGAUAACCAGAAUUGAAUACUUUCAAUGGGUUGUUUAACAGUUAAGUCAUGUAAGACCCAGAAAUCUGUUUUUUUUUUAAGUCAUUUUAUGAACAAAAGCAAGUUUCUCUUUGGUCCCGACACACUCUAUAGUAGUCAAAAGCUCAGGCAUAUGACACACAGUAAGUUCUCUGUCUUGUUGUCCUUCUUCAGACCUGUUCGAUGACUUUGCUGAGGGCAGAGAGUGUGUGAACUGUGGGGCAAUGUCCACCCCCCUCUGGAGGAGAGAUGGUACGGGUCACUAUCUGUGCAAUGCCUGUGGACUGUACCACAAAAUGAAUGGAAUCAACAGACCUCUCAUUAAACCUCAAAGACGGCUGGUGGGUGACAGUGGAGCAAACCCACUUCCUUUAUCUUCAUUUUCACACGAAUCAUACUGUAAGGAAAUAAACAAUGUUACAUAGGGGACAGAUUUACUCACAGAGGAGAAAUGUCUGUCUCCUUUUUUCUCUCCUUUCUUUACAUUCUUACAGUCUGCCUCCAGGAGGGUGGGCCUGUCCUGCACCAACUGUCACACCACCACUACCACCCUGUGGCGACGAAACGCAGAGGGAGAGCCAGUGUGUAACGCCUGUGGCCUCUACAUGAAACUCCACGGGGUGAGUGAGGAAUAAUAAAACUUGUUUGUCCACACAUUUAACUGAUAACUUUUCUUCAAAUGUCUCUACUCAUGAAUUUUUUAUACACUUGUUGUUUUUUUUGUAAUCUCUUUUUUAAUGUUGAAAUAAAAGGCUUUAGCUUUUCCAUGAUGCUUUGACAGGUACCACGACCCCUGGCUAUGAAGAAAGAAGGGAUCCAGACCCGCAAACGCAAACCCAAGAACCUCAACAAGUCACAGACUGGUGAGAUUUAACUCUUGUACUUGCUCUUUUUGUUUGUAACUAUAGAUUAUAGAUGUAUGAGCAGCAGCAUGACUUGAAUUCAUGAAUACGGCUUUUGCGCCUGAAAAAGAGCAUAGAUUUGUAUAUUAUGAGUGUAAAAUGACCUCAGGCCUGUUCUCUAAAGGGACCCCAGGCAGUGAGGGGACCCCUGUGACUCCCAGCAGCACUCCCAGAGCGUCCGCCAACGCCACAGAGGAGCCUCGUCAGAUAAAGACAGAGCCAGACACUCAUAGCUUGUACACACACCACGGCACACAUACACAGGUUAGACACUUCAUGCAUCCGACUGCAGACAAUUUAGUGAACAAAUUUGGCUUAGAGUGUGCAAAAUGAAGAAAGCUGUGAAAUGAGUCCUGAAACUAUUGAAAUAGUCUACAAAAUUGAGCCUUACUUUGCAGAUUUUAAAUCUUUUUUUCUCUCCUUCACAUCCUUGUAGAUUUCAGCCUUGCCAGCCUACAUGGCAGCUCAAGGUGGGGCCAUUCCUCUAAAGAUGUCCCCUGGGGGCCACAGUGGGUCAUCUAACUCCAAAGCUGAGCCCUGGAACAACCUAAUCCUGGCCUAGGUGACCAACUAACCGACAUUUAAGACCAAAUUCUUCUUCUAAGUAAACUCUCCUGAGAGAUGAGGGUCUGCAGAGACCAGCUCUGGAUGUUUCAUCACAGCCAAGGCAAACGCCCUGCAGUUCCUGCACUACAACUCACUGGGACAAAUCUGUGGAUGCCACAAAUGAAAUAAAAGAGUUCAACAGAACUGUUCUGGGUGUUCAAUCACCUCACAUGAGGACUGAAUGGAGAAUCAGGAGAAAAAAUGGACUGUUUUGUCACUCUUACCUUUUAUACCAAUGUAGAGCAGGUGAAGUCUUUGACCGAUACUGUAACAUGUACCAGUAGCUAGUGACAGAGACGGUCAGACUUUGUGUACCUGACUUGACUCUAUUUCAGUAGUUUUGUUUUCAUUAUGAUGCCAAAAACCAAGAAGUACAAAUUUGUUCGAGGAUAAGAAGGGCAGUUGUUGUAAGUUUGUCGAAAGGGUCAGUUUACUUUAACGCUUCUGGGAGGAGUGUUUGGCUAGUUAGUUAACUAGUGAAGACUGAGAUAAAUGCUAUUUUUCCAAUUUACAAAAGCAGACAAGACCAUUUGCAGAAGUUUUCACCAUACUAUACAGUUAUGUUCACUCUCUUAAAUCACUGCUGGGGGCAGAUGCCAAUAAUAAUAAUACUUUACACCCUUGUUUUGAUAUUGAACACAGCAAAGUCUCAUGAUUUAAAUUAAAGCAAAAUAAGAUUUAUUUCAUGUACAAGACAAUGUCACCAAUUGGAGCAAUGAGAAUAGAGGUAUUCCUUUUUCACCAAAAUCAACACAAACAGAAAAUACCUCACAGGAGCUUUAAUGCAGAAACUAACAGACAUUUACCGUCACAAUGACGCGUCUUUCAAAUCGUAAAUUACACUUGCUUGUUUUCGAUUGAGUUAGCGAGUCUCGUAGAAAUCUACAGCCCCAGUUUGGUCAAUGCAUGGUAUCAUUUUAUGUUUGGUCAGCAAUUUUACAUGAUAAUUUUUGAUGAUCUUACAGACUAUCCUAUAAGGCACUUUGAGUUUUUGAAGGAUUAAUUAACCAGCACCAUGUUAUGACAUCCAAUCAUAAAAUUAGGACAACAAAAGGACAACAAUAAAAAACUACAAUAAGUGAUUUGGGUGAACUGACCCCUUAAGUUUCCUUGAAUUGGCAGACAGACUUAUGAAUAAAAGGCAAUUUAAAAAUGCUCUUAAAUCUUAGUUGCUGUCUCAGUAAAGAACAUUUUUUGUUUUCUCACUGGAGAGAAUUUCCCAUCCACCACUCCUUUACACCAUUGCCAUAGAAACAGCUCCACAGUGGCCUGUAAUUUCCAAAUUUAUUUCCUUAACUUUGUCCUUUUAUUCCUUUGAUUUGAGGCGUAAACUGGCACAUCCUCUAGUUAACUACCUAUGCAGCAAGUGAAGCUGCUCAUAAUGAACGUGGAUGGAUUUAAUGGCACAAAACUCCCUCUGCUGACUCAUGCUGCGUUCCAGUUACCUCGUAAGUCUGAUGUCGGAGCUGGGAAUGACGAGUUGACGGCGUUCCAGUAAAUAAGCCAGAAAACCAAGAUGGACACCUACUGUUAGCUGCUGUUAGCUGUUGUUUACAAUUGUCAGCUGUUGUCAGCCGUUGUCAGUUGUUGUUGGCCAUAGUCAGUUGUUGUUGGCCGUUGUCAGCUGUUGCUAGUUGUUGUUAGCUACACCAGUUGUAAACAACACAUAACACAGUAUUUUACUCUUGCGAACACCAUGUUCACAGUUAGACGUUGGGCAGAACAACAUAUACCACUUGAUUAAUUUCACAAAAACAAAACAGAAGUGUGAAAAUAUAAUACAUUACAAGAGCUUUCACUGUUACUCUUUACUGUUGAUGCAUUGCGCUGCCAUCUUGGAUUAUGUUUCAGAGUCAGAAAUCUGAUUUCAGAGGGGCGUUCCAGAUGAAUUUCUGAGUCGGAGCUCAGAAAUUUCAUGCUCCAAGAAUGCAGAAUUAGAUGCAGAUGUGUCCCCUUUCUGGUAUUUCUUGAAUACAAGAUAGUAUAAAGUGACCAGAUAGUUAUGCAAAUUAGAAUCCUGACAUAGUGAGCAGGACCUCAAUGAGGAGCAGGGAGGUCUACUGAAAAAAUAACAUAACCACCCAUAGCCUAUACUUUAUCAUGCUUAUUACCCAGCUAACAACAGGACAAAAGGUUGCGCCACGUUUUCCCGUUACAAGCAAUCAGGGCAAAGUAGCUUAUCGGAUGACUCUCACAUAUGUGACCGCUAACUUAAGUGAUUUCCUGACUCUGAAGACCAGCCUGAGACUGAAACUAUAAAUUUCCCAGACAGUUUAGUGAUUGAGGAUGCUCACAGGAGUCAAUGUUUUUUGCCACAGUGACUACAGGCAGGGGUGAAAUGUGACUAUAUUUAUGAACAACAUGAUGUGGUAGAUCAGGUUGUCUUCUUGCUGACGAGACUUAUGCUGCGUUUGAGUUGCCUCAGAAGUCAGAUGUUGGAGCUGAAAAUGACGUCACACCCAAGUUCCCAGCGAUUCAGUUACCAAGUUGGAAAAAAGCAAAAUUAAAGGCCUGAAACAAGAUGGUUACAUCUAUGAAAGUCAUUUUAGCGCUUGCCUUAUAUCCGACAAGGCAUGCGCUUAAGUAACUUUCGUAGAUGUAGCCAUCUUGUUUCUGCCUCCGAUUUCAUUUUAAGCCUGGACUUCUGACUUCUGAGCUAACUCGACUCAGCAUUAAUUACCAUUGUUAUUGUUUUGACCAAUUUGAAUCAAGUAUUUAUCAGAGCCGUAUAAUAACAGGGGAAGAACUUACAAUCAUAACUACAUGAUAAUCCCCUUUCAGCUGCAGGUUGUGUGUAAAUUUCUCUGGGGCAACAUGUUUAAAUGUGAGAUAUCUGACAUGUAGAAGGAAUGACAAAUAUAUAAGUACAGUAUAUAUGUAAAAACUCCACUCCAGUUUAAUUGUAAAACACCAUUUGUGAUGUAUUGUAAGUACAGACACAGUGAGAGAUAUCUCAGUGUGCACUAACACUACCUUUCUCUGUGUGCAACUGUAGCUCUACUGAGGAAACUAAUAAAGACAAAGCAUUUCUGACAUAAUGCUAAUGGUAUGUAUGA